AUGAAGAUACUAAUGAUCUCUCUUUCAUGGCCCUUUCUUCUUCUUCUUUUUCUCCUCCCCACAAUCCCCCAGUCCUCUGCUGCUAUGCAGAACCCUCCAAUUUCCAAAGACUCCAAUACAGAUGUCAAAGAUCUAGCCCACUCUGCCCUUGAGCUGGCCUUGGCGAAGGCUAACGAAACUCUAGUGCACGUUGGAGAGCUGUUCAAGAACACCACCGACCCUGUGCUGUACAGAUACUAUGGCACAUGCAUUGAUGAAUAUCAGGGAACUGUGACGAGGCAUCUGCCGGGAGCCAUCAGUGCUUUGGAGUCUAACAACUACGAAACGUCCAAACAAGAGGCGGGCUCUGCUGCCACCAGUGCAGAUACGUGCGAGCAGCAAUUCGUUCCUGAGAAAUCACCCAUGUCUGAUGAGAAUGCGGUGGUGCAUGGACUGUCGGUUGUGGCAUCAAAUAUUGUUGAGUUAUUGGGUUGA